AUGGCGCCCCAUGCAGAGAUAAACCCUCAAGACAUCACCGAAAGGGCGCGUAGAGAUCUGCUCCAACUGCUCGAAGGCGUUCCUGGCAAGAAGAAUCUUGUGAUUGAAAAGUCUCUUGCUGGUCUGAUCGGCUUGCUUGUCAAGUUCAGUACCUUGCAGGAGUAUGGAGUCGACAAAGUCUUCUACGUAGAGAAUCGCAACGUCGACGACUCUCAACGAAACAUUGUCUUCCUUGCCAGAGGCGAGAAGCCCAAAGACGUUCAACUCAUUGCUGAACAGAUUAGUCAAAUCCGUCAAGAAAGCAAAACCGAUCAUGAAUUUUCAGUCUUCUGGGUGCCCAGACGAACGCUCGUCAGUGAUAGGAUUCUCGAGGAGGCCGGCGUGCUUGGAGAAGUGACUGUUGGCGAAUGCCCGUUGUUCUUGGUCCCUCUGGAACCUGAUUUGCUAUCACUGGAGCUGGAAGAUGCGUUCAGUGACUUGUAUCUGCGCAAAGAUCCCACAUCAAUAUUUCUUGCAGCUACAGCAUUGAUGCGGUUGCAGCGAUCCACUGGCCUCUUUCCUCGUAUCCUGGGCAAAGGCGACAAUGCGAAGAAACUCGCCGAUCUGCUUAUUCGUAUGCGAUCGGAAGAAGAGGUCAGCGCUUCGUCUGCCACCUCGAAAUCGCCAUCGACUUUUGGCCUGACACCUAGUGCCGUGGUUGAGAAUGUCAUCAUCAUUGAUCGCGAGGUCGACUUCUUCACACCUCUGAUGACCCAACUAACAUACGAAGGCCUGAUCGAUGAGGUCUUCGGCGUCCGUCAUAACCAAACCGAGGUCGAUACCUCCAUUGUAGGAGCAGCACCUCAACAGCAAAAGCCCCAAGGAGCAGCAGGUGCAGCAGGAGGCUCAACCCAAGCCGCUACAAAGCGCAAGAUCCAACUCGACAGCUCCGACAAACUGUACCCUCAGCUCCGAGACUGCAACUUCGCCGUCGUAGGACCUCUGCUAAACCGAACAGCACGUCGCCUCCAAGCCGACUACGAAUCCCGCCACAAAGCAGACCAGUCAAUCUCCGACCUCAAAACUUUUGUCGCAAAACUUCCCUCCUACCAAGCCGAGCAAGCCUCAUUAAAGAUCCACACCUCCAUGGCCGAGGAAAUCAUGAAGACAACCCGCAGCGAAAUCUUCGGCCGUGUCCUCGAAGUACAGCAAAACUUUGCAGCCGGAGCAGACCCUAGCAGUAUGAACGACAAUCUAGAAGAACUAAUCGCCCGAGACACACCCUUGCCCACAAUAUUGCGUCUAUUAUCCUUGGAGUCUUGCGUAGCUGGCGGUAUCCGUCCGCGUGAGCUUGAAAACCUUAAACGACAAAUCAUGUACGCAUAUGGUCAUCAACACCUCCUCACCUUUUCCUCGCUUGAGAAAAUGGGUCUCGUGGUUCCUCGUGUGAGCAACACUGGCUACCUCAACCCAAUGAGCGGCACGAAUUCUGGAAACACGGAUUACAAUUCCGUGCGCAAGACGCUGAAACUGUUUGUGGAUGAAGUGGACGAGCAAGAUCCUACGGACAUCUCAUAUGUGUUUUCUGGCUACGCGCCGCUGAGUAUUAGAUUGGUGCAGUGUGUUUUGCAGAAACAGAUGUUGGUUAGAUUGGCGAAUCCUAGAUCUGUUUCUACUGGGAAUGCUGUAAAUGGAGGGGCUGGUGGUGCUCCUGCUACUGCUCAGGCGGCUGGAUGGAAAGGGUUUGAGGAUAUUUUGGCGAGGGUCAAGGGUGCUACUGUUGAUGAAGUGCAGAAGGGGUCGAGUGGUGAGGCUUCGCAGGCGAGACAGACGCUUAGAGGUGGGAGCGGUGGUGGGAGAAAGACUACUAUUGUCUUCUUCCUUGGUGGUGUCACGUUUGCGGAAGUUGCGGCGUUGAGAUUCAUGGGUGAGCAGUUGGGGGAUAAGAAGAAGAUUGUCAUUGCUACGACUGGUAUCUUGUCGGGCAAUGCUGCUGUUGAGGCUGCUAUGGAGAAGAGGGCCUGGGGUCGCAAGUAG